CGCUCCCUUCUGGUCCGGCCCGCGCAGCGCUUUCCAAGUUGCAAAGCAAGUUCAGCGGUGGCCGGCGGCUGUAGUGGCGGUGGUGGCCCAGGCGCCUGGAGGCCCCUAGGUGGUGGGCUGGUUCGUGCUUCCCGGAGUGCAUGGGCGUGGGCCUUAGCGGCUGGAGGGGCUGAGCGCCCCGCGUCAUGGAGGGCGCCGAGCCCCGUGCACGGCCCGAGCGCCUGGCCGAAGCUGAGGCGCGGGCGACCGACGGCGUCCGCCUGGUGGAGGUGCAGCUGAGCGGUGGUGCCCCUUGGGGCUUCACCUUGAAGGGCGGCCGCGAGCAUGGCGAGCCUCUGGUCAUCACCAAGAUUGAAGAAGGAAGCAAAGCUGCAGCAGUGGACAAGCUACUUGCUGGAGAUGAGAUAGUGGCCAUUAAUGAUGUGAGUCUCUCAGGGUUCAGACAAGAAGCAAUUUGCCUGGUAAAAGGCUCCCACAAAACCCUGAAGCUUGUGGUCAAAAGGAAAAGUGAUCCAAGUUGGAGGCCUCACUCCUGGCAUGCUACCAAGUACUUUGAUGUCCACCCUGAGCCAGCAGCCUCAUUGUUUCUGAACACCAGUGGUUCUGCUUCCUGGAAGAGCCAGCACCAGGCUAGUUCUUCCUCUCAUGAUUUAUCGGGCUCAUGGGAGCACACAAGCCUACAGCGCACUUCUGACCACUUCAGCUCCAUGGGCAGUAUAGACAGCCUGGACCACAGCUCUCAGCUCUACCCAUCUGGACACCUCUCAUCUGCCAAGUCCAACAGCAGCAUUGACCACCUGGGUGGCCAUAGCAAGCGAGACUCAGCUUAUGGCUCCUUUUCCACUUGUUCCAGCACCCCUGACCACACCUUGCCCAAGGCUGAUGCCUCUUCCACUGAGAACAUUCUCUACAAAGUUGGCCUUUGGGAGGCCUCCAGACUAAGCAGCAGCCGACAAAGCCAGUUUGCAGGUGAUCCUCAGGGACUGCAGGACAGGCCAUCAUGUUUCAUACCUAGGGUUCCUGGUAACAGUAGUAAAAGCCCAAGGCCAGAGGAUAAUGUUGAGCCCAAAAUAGCCACUUCUGGGAGAUCCAAUUUUGGGCCUGUGUGGUAUGUUCCUGACAAGAAAAAAGCCCCUUCUCCCCCACCUCUUGGACUUCCUUUGCGCAGUGAUAGCUUUGCUGUGGCAGCCAGGGGCCAUGAAAAAGCACGGGGCCCUCCAUUCUCAGACUUGACCAGUAUUCAACAGUUUACCACCCUGCCCCAUGUGCAACCCCGGGGGGACCGCAGAAUGGAAACUACCGAUCGACAGUGGAAGCUAACACACCUAAGCAGUGGCAAAGAAAUAGGAAAUGUGGGUUACCAGCCAGAAGGCCACCUGGAUUGUCGUUGGCUGUGCUCUGAAGAUAGGGCAGGUAGGCCCUCAGGAGCUCCAGGCAGGCUCCAGUUCUCCGAUGUGCACUUUCUGAAGUCUUACCAUGGGAGCCAGCACCCACAGCAGUGCAGUGACGAGAGCCCAAGAGUCCCCUCGUCACCAAGAGAACUGCUUCACGUAACUCCUUGUGGAGGUCUGCAGGAGCCUCCUGAACCAUCUCAGGAUAACAACCCUGCUCAGGUGAGGUGGCCUGGUUCUGUUAACCAGAAGCUAGAAGACAGAGGGCGGAGCCACUAUUUUCCUGUGUCCCUCAGGCAGCCUGUGCAGGGGAGUGCCCAGGUUGUGAUACCUCGAGGUGACUAUUGGCAUUCAGAUACAACUCCUGUGGACCUUGAAUAUCCUCUCUUACGUUCAGUAGGCCAGAGGGCCUACCUACAUCAGCAUGAGGAAACUCCGGCCUCUCAUGAAAGAGAGCGGUAUCACCAGCCAGAUACAGGGAUUGCAGGCUGCUGCUCAGGAGUCCAAGAACCUCCUGGAGCCAGCCACACUGUGAGAGCUGGUCUGCAGUGUCCUGGCAAUGACUUCAAGUUAGCGGAUGGAGAGAGUGGGAGAAUUUCUCGUCAGAGGACCCCCAUGCUGCACUCUCUGACCCAAGAUGGUGCAUGGAAACCCGGGAACAGCAAGGAUUGUGGAAAUGAGAAGCCACCACUGCUUGAUGCCCAGGUGGGUAAACCCACACGGAGGAGUGACCGUUUUGCUACAACACUGAGGAAUGAGAUCCAGAUGCGCAGAGCAAAGCUGCAGAAGAGCAAAAGCACAGUGACACUAGCUGGAGAUAGUGAAGCUGAAGACUGUGCUGGAGACUGGAGAGCUGAUGUGGGGGCUGUCCCAGAAGUUUCCUUCCCCAGCACCUAUAAAGAGCACCUGAAGGAGGCCCAGACACGCGUUCUGAAGGCCACCUCUUUCCAGCGCCGAGAUUUAGAUCCCACCCCAGCAGAUCAGUAUUCAGGACCAUCAGAACACAGGACUUGUGACCACAGUGCCUCAUCUUCUUUAUCUUCUUUCCCUGGGGAGCCAGACUCUGCCCCACGCUUCUGUGAGGCAGGUCUGGCCAAGCCAUCCUCUUCUGGAGGUGGUAUACCCCACAUUCUUCGAAUUGGAGGCCGGAAACGCUUCACAGCAGAGCAGAAACUAAAGUCCUAUUCUGAGCCAGAGAAAAUGAAUGAAGUGGGACUCUCAGGGGACCACCGUCCUCAUCCUACUGUCAGGAUACCUGAGGAUACUGUGGGUACAUUUGCUGACAGGUGGAAGUUUUUUGAGGAAACAAGCAAAUCUCUUCUCCAGAAGCCAGGCCAUAGGCAAGUUCUCUGUGGGCUCCCAAGAGAGAAGGCUGAGAGACCACAAACAGGGGGCCAUGAAUGUGAGAGUACAGAGCCUUGGUUCCAGAAGAGGUCACGGGCCACCUCCUGUGGAGAGAUCCUCAGUGAUGACAGAAAAGUAGAAAAGGCCUCAGAGAAACUGAACCCACCCAGAAGGCUUGGAACCUUCGCAGAAUAUCAGGCAUCUUGGAAGGAACAGAGGAAACCUCUGGAAGCCAGGAGUUCUGGACGAUACCAUUCAGCAGAUGAUAUUCUGGAUGCUGGUCUAGAUCAGCAGCAGAAGCCACAGUACAUUCAUGAACGGUCUCGUUCAUCACCAUCCACAGAUCACUACUCACAGGAAGUGCCUGUUGAACCAAACAGGCAGGCAGAGGACUCUGGUGGCCACAAAGAAGCACUUCUCUGUACACUACAAGCUGAGGAGGGAUGCUCUGCUCCAAGAUGUGAACACCCGCUGCUUAGACAGCAAAAGCCUGCACACAGCUGCUCAGCUCCAGAGGAUCCAGAGCAAGGAACAGCAAGUGGCACCUUACCUGCGUACCUCUGCCUGGAAGCUAGGGAAACUCCUGCCAGACUGGAAAGCUCCUCUGUGCUCAGCAGUGCCCAGCUGCAAGACAGCCAGCAUGUGAAUGAGGACACAACUUUCAUUCAACCAGAAACCCAGUUCUCUUCCAAGUGUCAACACCUACAGACAUCAGCCAUGGAAACUUCUCGCUCCCCUUCACCUCAGUUUGCCCCACAGAAGCUGACAGACAAGCCUCCCCUGCUUAUCCAUGAAGACAACUCAGCAAGAAUCGAGCGGGUGAUGGACAAUAAUACCACUGUGAAGAUGGUGCCCAUAAAAAUCGUGCACUCAGAAAGUCAGCCCGAGAAGGAGAGCCGCCAGAGUCUCGCAUGUCCAGCCGAGCUGCCCCCACUGCCCAGUGGGCUGGAGAGGGAUCAGAUCAAGACACUGAGUACAUCAGAGCAGUGCUACUCCAGAUUCUGUGUGUACACACGACAGGAGGUGGAAGCCCCUCAUAGAGCCCGCCCUCCAGAGCCCCAGCCACCCAGUACCCCUGCACCUCCUGUCAGAGAUAGCUGUUCCUCCCCUCCCUUACUCAACUAUGGGAAGGCCAAGGAGAAGACCAUGGAUGACUUGAAGUCUGAAGAAUUAGCCAGGGAGAUUGUGGGAAAGGACAAGUCCUUGGCUGACAUCCUAGACCCCAGCGUGAAGAUCAAAACUACCAUGGAUCUGAUGGAGGGGAUUUUUCCCAAAGAUGAGUACCUCCUAGAGGAAGCUCAGCAGCGGAGGAAGCUGCUCCCCAAAGUUCCCUCACCCAGAGUCACAGAGGACAAGAAACAAGACCCAGGUGUGCCAGGAGUUGUGUCCUUGGCCACCAAUUCUACCUAUUACAGUACUUCGGCUCCCAAGGCAGAACUGCUUAUCAAGAUGAAGGACCUGCAGGAGCCUGAGGAGUAUUCAGCAGGUGACUUGGAUCAUGACCUUUCUGUUAAGAAGCAAGAGCUCAUCGACAGUAUCAGCCGCAAGCUGCAGGUGCUCCGGGAAGCACGUGAGAGCCUACUGGAGGACAUCCAAGCCAACAAUGCUCUUGGGGAUGAGGUGGAAGCCAUUGUGAAAGAUGUCUGCAAGCCCAAUGAGUUUGACAAGUUCCGGAUGUUCAUUGGGGACCUGGACAAAGUGGUGAACCUCCUACUGUCACUGUCAGGACGCCUGGCCCGUGUGGAAAAUGCCCUUAAUAAUUUAGAUGACAAUCCUUCUCCUGGAGAUCGGCAGUCACUGUUGGAGAAACAGAGAGUCCUAACUCAGCAGCAUGAAGAUGCUAAGGAGCUUAAAGAGAACCUGGACCGUCGUGAGCGCAUUGUGUUCGACAUCCUGGCCACCUACCUUAGUGAGGAGAACCUGGCUGACUAUGAGCACUUUGUGAAGAUGAAGUCAGCCCUCAUCAUUGAGCAUCGAGAGCUGGAAGAUAAAAUCCACCUGGGUGAAGAGCAGCUCAAAUGUUUGUUUGACAGCCUGCAGCCUGAGAGAAGCAAAUGAGAGGCACAAUCCUGCAGAAGGUGGACACCGAGCUUUGAAGAUUAAUACCUGGGACUACAAGAGUGAACACAAGCCUAUUUGCCCACCUCUGGAGAGACACACUCUGGAGCCACAAGGCUAGUAAAAAGCAAUAAUGUCCUGCUAGUAUGUGAUGAUUUAUUUAUGAUUUUCAUUUCUGUUGGUUUGCUGAGCAUAGUUUUGUAUUACAUGUGAUUUCACAGAAUUCCAGGCUUUGCUAGUCAACAAGAGUUCCCUAGGCCUCCUUUGCAGCAGUAGCACCAUUGUUCCUCCCUUGUGUGUGUAGAUGCCAAAAAACAGUGCAUGAGAGGAAAGACCCUUGUGAUUUAGCCUGGCAUGGGCUGCUGUGUGUUCUGUCCUUGUUCAUUUUAACAAUGUGAGAAUUCAUCAUUCUGUCAUCAUGAUAUUCUCUGAUGCAGUAAAAAUCAGUGAUGAUAAUUUAUUGAUGUAUGGAAAACAUGGACAGUUUCCUAGUAGUUAAAAACUAACUAAUGAACAACAUACAUAUUGGAUUCAUUCAUUCCAAGAUUAAAAUUAUCACCUAACUUGUGUGCAUGUUUUGAAACACCCUAAACAGAUAUUAGUAUCCUUGUCACAUCUUAAAUAAUUUCUAGCCAAGUGAUAUUAAUUGCUUAAAAGUGUAUCUACUAAUAAUGUUAUUGCUUGCUCUUUAUUUCCUGAGACCAAUAGAAUAUUUUGAAGUUUCCUUCCCCAGAACACUAAUUUGUUUGUGUACAUGAUCUUUAAUGGUAAUCAGUGGCUUACCUUUUUUUAUGUUACCAUGGGCCACAUGCCAUGUACCUUAAGACUUAAGACUCCAUCCAAUGGUCAGAGGUCCUGUGGAGUGACUAGUGGUUACAUUUGAAACAAGAGUUUUGUUCUUAACAGUUCAAAUGGCAAGAUGACAAAUAGAAUGUUACUCAUUAAAGCUACACUGGCAUCCUGUUCAUUUCCAGUUGACAGGACAGAGAUUGGGAAAAGACAUUUGUAAAUCAUCUGUCUGACUUGUUGCUCAUUUUGUUUUUGCUGUUAUUUGUUUGUUUUAGAAGAGUCUAACCCAGAUUGGCUUCAAACUCUCUAUAUAGUCCAAUGACCUUGAACUUCUGAUCCUCCUGCCUCCACUUCCUGAGUUCUGGGUUUAGCAGCUUAUCCUACUUCGUGGCUUCAUACAUCUUUCUGAUAAAGGAUUUGUAUAAAGAACUUCCAACACCCAACAGUAGAAAUUAUUUGAAAAAGAGUGGGCAAAAGACUUGACUAGACACUUCACCAAAGAGGUUGUAUGUAUGGCAGAUAAACACAUGAAAAAUGUUCAGCUACCAAUGGCGUGUAUAACUUACUUAUGUUAAAUGUGUGUAGAUUUGGUGUAGUUCAAAAGGUGUUUAUGUAACUAAAUGCAUGGUAAGUGAUGAGCAAGUCCCCCUGGUGACUUGAUAUUUAGGCAUCACUAGUCUUUGUUCUAUCAAGGGAUUAUUUAAUUCAUAUGUUCCCCUGAGACUGCAGCAGAUACAAAGAUUUCCCUCUCUUAGCAGUAGCCACACCUUCUCCAAAAUACACACGCACACUUAUAUCCACGUGUAUGUGCAUGUGUUCACACUCCCACACACAGUUGUCUUAAAGGAUCAGAAUCCAUGCUUCUUGAGCCAGAGGAACAGAUGUUGACAGCAUAAGCUCUGGUGAAGAUGAUAUAGUUUCCUCCAUACAGCUGAGUCAAGAUGGGCGAGCUUCUGUACUGCAGACCACAGAUAGCAUGGCUGACAGCCUAUCACUGUCAGCCAAAAGAAAAUCUUUGCAAAAGUGUUGAUUCCUAUUAAAUGAAGCUACUCUACUUUUUGAAGUCUCUGAUCUGCCACUGCAGCCUCUUUGUCCUUCCACUUGAUCAUCCCUUGCUGUGAAUGUGGGUCAUGUCAGAAAACACGAUGCUGGCUCUCCACAAACUUUCCAAGGAAUUGCAGACUAUUUUGUUUUUAAUUUACACCAAGCUAUUUACCUGUGGUUCUUUACCCCCAAAUACAGUGUUGUGAACAUUUUAAUGAUAUGUGUGUAACAUGUGAGUAAUGGAAUUUUGUCUGUAACCUGCUUUUUCAUGUUGCUUCAAGAUUGUCUGUUAUGGGAAACAAUAUGUAGUGUUCUAGCAUGCUUGUAAUAAAACACAUAACAAUUAUGACCUCCCUAUCCAUUCCCUGCUUGCCUGUUCCAUAUCUGAUUAGCAGGGGCCCAAGAAUUCCAGAGAGUCCAUGUACAUAUGUCUAUGACUUGUGAUAUUACUGCAUAAGAAACAAUCUGGUGCUAAUGGUUGGUCCUUGGCAUGCAUAGGCGUGGGCAUGGGCACAGCUAUGGAACUCUCUGUACAUAUAUUGACCUUGCUUGUGGUCAACUUUUGUGGCUUUACUCUGAACUCUGCCCUGACAAAUAUGCACAUUCAUGCUCGAUGCUUACCACUUAUCAACAGAUCCUCUUGCUUGACUUUAACAAAAUAAAUAGUGUCUCUUCAAAUGAAAAAAGAAUGUCUUUAUUUCCUACUAUAUAGCUUUGCAAAAAGAAUAAAAAUACCAGUGCUGGUCAUGUAGCCCAUGGGAAAAGGGUAUAAGCAUGGUGCCGUGAGUUCAAAUAAUAGCAUUCCUCCUCCAGAAAAUAUCCUAAGCCAGGCACUGUAGUGAACACCUGCAAUCCCAGUCCUUACAGUGGUACACAGCUGGACCCACAGUGCCUUCUGUACACUGGUGCCAGACACAUCUCUAAAGGGGCAUGGUAAAUAAAAUUCUUGUGAUUUAGCUU